CCUCAGAGCGUGCAGAGAGCAACCCUUCUCCCAUCUGAUCCUCGAGACUUGACUGAACUGGUGUUAGUCUUGUCCGUAAUGGAGUCGAAUGCUCAUCUGCCGCAUAGCUCGCUUGGACCGCGGGCUCUGGGUAUUGUCACGCCCUUUCUCAUUGUUGGCAUUCUUGUCUUCACAGUGAGGAUCUACACUCGCGUAACCCCGGUAUACAAAUUGGAUGCCUCAGACUACACUAUCUCGGUCGCUGUUAUUAUCGAAGUUAUCGUCUACUCGCUCUUCAUAGCAAGUAUAACUUCUGGGCUGGGCCGUUACAGCUAUGAUGUAUCUCCGGAGCAAGGCGUUAAGACUCUUCGAUAUGUUUAUGUGGUUAUCUUACUGUCAACGUUUGUGCCCGCCCUCGUCAGGAUCUCGGUCGGAUUUCUACUGUUAAAGUUCGUGUUGUCCAAGGCCUGGCGCGCAAUAAUCUGGUGCACCAUUGGUAUCCAAGCUGCGUGUGCUAUCAGCACUGAAAUCUUCCAGCUCAUCCAGUGUCGACCAAUCAAUGCCCACUGGGAACAGGUUCCUGAUGCACGGUGCUUGAGUGCACGGCAGAUCUGGAUAUGUGGCUACACGACUAUAGGUGUUGCUUUAUUUGGCGACUUGGCUUUAGCAAUCAUGCCAAUGUUCUUAAUCUGGAAGCUCAACCGAUCGACUCUGGAACGGUGUCUUAUUAGCGUCUUGAUGGCACUUGGCCUGGUUGCGACUGUGACCGUCAUCAUGAGGCUCGUUGAGAUGCGCACAUUGGACUUUGCUUCUCCGGAAAGGUUCAGGGCCCUGAUACCGGUAUACUUUUGGCUUCGAAUGGAAGAGGCCAUUUUGAUAAUAGCUUCUUCGGCGCCGAUGCUCAAGUCCCCAAUCGAGCACGUCCUCUAUAAAUUCGGCCUGCCUGUGUUCCAGCCCAGAGUUAGGAAACUGACCUCGUUUCAUUCCAGUAACCCGGGUUCGGACACAACACCACGCUUGCACCAUCAACGGUCGCAGCAGGAGCUGGUAGGAUACGAGCAACCUAUCUUCAUGCAUGAGCCCCGGCUCGAAGGCACAGAAGACCCUCCAUCAAUAUCGAACGGUAUACGGCCUCUUAGCGAUAUUCCUCAAGCACUGACGCGCUGAUCAUCUCAUAGUGAAUGGCAGCAAGGGGCUUCGAAGCCUGAUCUGAUAGCUCGGGAUGAGACAUGGCUUAAAAAUGAAAUGAAUUUUGGAACCAAUCUAUGGAUUGCGUUGAAGAUGCGAAAGAGAAGAAUUUCAGGAGCUCCUAUCCUGCCCAACUGAAUCCCAGAUCCCCAUGACAGCCUCCUGAAUAAGCCAGAUUGUAUGAAAACGCGAUUAUGUCAUGCAGAUUCUCUGAACAGUUUCGUGGAAUGACAGAUUCUGACGAGAGAGACGCAGUCAGGUCUGAGAUAUAAGGUUGGAGUCUAUUUUUUCCUGCUAUUGACCCCUCUUAUGCAUCCGCCUAGGCUACAUUGAUAUUAAGUCUUGUCUUGCCCACACAAUACCCUUAUCACGCCACCACUACUAUCUACCUUAACACCCAAUUAUCAUUCUCUCCAGCUUUAGAGGUCUAGAUGCACUUUAUAUAAUAAUAGAUUACCUAGGUUAGAGCCACCUUAUGAUUUAAAAUAUAGGGAA